CCAUGCAUCCCGUUGCGGCCGCGGGCACAUGGGGCAGCGCUUGAAUCGCUGCCUCGAUGUCCCCGUGGCGUUGCCGCCGCUGAGGCGGAGGUUGCUGCUCUUUUCAUCAUGCUCUUCCUCUGGCUUUAUAUGUUUUAUUCGUGCGCUGGCUCCUGUGCUGGGCUGGCUGCUCGCGGUUCUCCCGUUCCGCCCCGUGCUGUCUUGCCGGGUGAAGAGAGUAGUUUGGAGGAACAACGAGCCAUCUCCAGUCCCAUCUCUAGCUUCUUCAACGGCUCCGGCACGAAACGGCUGCCUCAGGCGAUCAUCAUCGGAGUGAAGAAAGGGGGAACGCGGGCGCUGCUGGAGUUCCUGCGGGUGCACCCCGACGUGCGAGCCGUGGGCGCAGAGCCACAUUUCUUCGACCGCAACUACGAGCGGGGACUCGCCUGGUAC